AUGGCUGAAACUGAUUUUAUUGAUAUUACUCCUGAUCAGGAUGGUGGUAUUUUGAAAAAAAUUAUCCGUACAGGGAAGUCCCCUACAAUGGCAAACAAAGGAGAUACUGUAUAUGUUCAUUAUGUUGGAACAUUAUUGGAGAAUGGAAAAAAAUUUGACUCUUCUCGUGAUCGUGGAGAGGAAUUUUCAUUCACUUUAGGUAGUGGUCAAGUAAUAAAAGGUUGGGAUAUUGGUGUUGCUACUAUGAAGGUAGGAGAAAAAGCUAUUCUUCGUUGUAGACAUGAUUAUGCCUAUGGUGAGCAUGGUUCUGGAUCAUCAAUUCCACCAAAUGCAACAUUAGAUUUUGAGGUAGAAUUCCUUCGUUUUACUGGAGAAGAUAUUUCUCCUCAAAGAGAUGGAUCAAUUACCAAGUCUAUAAUAGUGGAAGGAGAGAAAUAUCAGACUCCAGCAGAGUAUGCUGAGAUUUCUGCUCAUAUAGUAGGACAUUACAACGGUGAAGUAUUUUAUGAAAAAGAGUUAACUUAUAAUCUUGGUGAAGGGGAAGCAUAUGAUUUACCUUCUGGUGUUGAUGUAGCAAUUAGAAGAUUCAAAAAAGGUGAGAAAUCAAGAGUUGUUAUUUCUGGUGGCUCUUAUACCUAUGGUCUUCAUCCACCAAAAGAAUUUAAUCUUCCACCAAAUGCUAAAAUUGAAUUUGAAAUCUUUUUAAAAGACUUCUUGCCUGAGAAACACUCAUGGGAGAUGACUACUGCUGAAAAAUUAGAGGCUGCAUUGGUUGCCAAAGAAAAAGGUACAAAAUAUCUUCAGAAAGAAAAACUUAGCCUUGCUCUUAAUCUUUAUAACAGGUGCAUAAGUUUAAUUGAAAAUUUGAAAGAAGUUGAAGAUGAUCUAGAAACUCAAUGGAAACAAACAUGUAUGGCUGGUCGUUUAAAUGCCGCUCUUGUUCACCUUAAGAAUAGAUCAUAUGCUGAGUGUAUUCAUCAAUGUGACAAAGUUCUUGAAAUUGAUAGUAAAAAUGUCAAAGCUCUUUAUCGUAAAGGGCAAGCUCAUCAACAACGCAAAGAUUUUGAUGAAGCAAUCAGUGUAUACAACAAAGUUCUUGAAAUUGAACCUCACAAUACAGCUGCAAUUAAUAAUCUUAAAACUUGUGCAAAAGAAAAACAUGAUUAUGCAGCAAGGGAAAAACAAAGAUUUUCUAAAUUAUUUGAAAAAUUGGCAAAACCUGACGACGGAGAAAAGAAAAAAAAGAAUGAAGUCACAGAGACAGCUGAAGAAAUCAAAGCUUAA